CUGAGUGUUAACAGUCUAUCGCUAUUUUCAAGGAGAACAUAGAACACCCCUUAGUCUAGGUGGUAGAAGUUCAUAUAAGUUUUUGGAAAGAAGUGUGAAAAAUCUUAAAAGUGAAAAUGCAAAUCUUUUCCAUAAACUACUAAUGCACACAAAAGGUGGCCGUUCUGAUGACCAUAUUGCUUAAUACGAUUUUCCAUUGUUUGAGAGCUACUGGAAUUAUUUAGUACUAAAAUUAUUGACAUUCGCAGUAAAGAUGGCGCGAUAUUUGUAUUUCUUAAUUUUAUAACCUCAAAAAAUGUGAUAAUAAAUCUUUUAUACAAAUUUGUUUUCUUUUAAAUUUAAUACUUAAUUUAUAUACAAUGGAAAAUCCUAAAGAUUUUCAUCUUCCAGUAAGAGGACCCAAAAUUUGUCCAAUUGAUGUAAAAAAUAAAAGUUUGGAUAAGGAGAAAUUAUUAGAAGAUGCCAAAGAAAAAAUUAACCAGCAUAAAGCUUUAUUUUCUAUUUCAUCUCCAAGACAUUUACGAUCUGUGGCAGAAUUCAAGAAUAGAAAUGAAAUUGAAAUCAAAAAACGUUUAGGAAAAAUGUUUCUAUAUUUCGGGACACAAACUAAGCAUAGUUAUAAAUUAUUGCCAGAAGAAGCAUUAUAUUUAUUAGAAAUGAAUUAUCUAGAAUUACAAUGGAAUUCAAUUCCUAUGAGUGUUCAGCAAGCGUAUGCAGUUUUAUUAGAUGAAAGUGAUAUUUAUUGUAAAUUAAAACAUUAUCGAAUUUAUAGUCAUUUAUUAAGACAAGGAUAUCGAUUAAUCAGACAUGAAGUUAAUCAUGAUGGGAAUAUAGACUUAGAUGAUACAAAAAACGAAAAUCCUCCAAAAAAACAAAAAGUUGAGGAUCAAGAAACAAUCGAAUUCAGACCGUUAAUAGAUGAAUCUGUGGUGGAUAUCAAUACAGCUAUGCAACGAUUACAAAUCUUUAACACUAGUCCGACACCAGUGGAAAAAAUUUCUUUUAUUUAUAAUGGAUAUAAUCCACAAAGAGAAUUUUCGAAGAAUAAUAUUCCACCAGAACCGGAUUUAUUGAUUAAUUAUGCAUGUUCAAACGAUACAGUUCCUACAAUUAGCCAUUCCGACAAUAAAAGUGAGACAAAAUAUAUUUUUGCAUUGGAGGCUACAAAAGACGUUGUUUAUUAUUCUGUAAAGCAUGUUAGUAUACAAAAUUUACUUUAAGAUUUCGGGAUCGAUUCUGUAGUCAUGAAUUAUAAAUGCUAAAUUUUAAAAUUUCAUAAGCAUCGUUUUUCUGAGCAUGUAAUGGUAUUAAGCCGUUGAAUAAGUGACGUCCCAAAUAUUUAGUAAGGGAUAUUUUAUUUUGACAGAAUAUUUUUACCAAAAUUUAUUAUUAAACCUAGAACCUGCACAUAUGAAUGGAGUUUUGGUUGUAAUUUCAAUUAAGCACGAAAACUGCAAAUUAGUAACGUAAGUUGCACUCAUGUGUGCAGGCCCUUGAUCUCUGAGUUUUUCAUCAAGAAAAAACUGUUGUAAUGAUCUUAGUCAUCUGAAAAAAUAGAAUUUCUUAUAUUUUAAAGACGGGUAUUCUUGUGAUAAAAAGAUAAAGUAAUUUAAUAAUCAAAUUUUAUUUCUUACAUUUAUAUAUUAAUUGAGCAUUAAAGAAUAAAUUUGGAUAAUAAAUUAAAGCUAUUUUUAUUUUAUUAUUAAUUAAAAGUUUGUACCAGGAUCAACCAUUAGUCAAAUAACGUACGAGAGCUGGAAACGUUUUCGAGAGUGUAUUUUAAGACGGCUUAAUUUCGAACAUUUCUUAUUGAAAUUUGGUAGGGAGGAAGUUCCUCUUUCCACUGAGGGCGUUUGCGUUAGCUAAAACUGGAUGCGCGCUGGUAACGCAAUCGAAUUUUUGUCUAGAAAAUUAAAAUUACAUUAUUUAAUUAUAAAAUUAAAUAUUAUUUAAAUUACAACAAUUUGAAAUAGUUUCUAUUUAAUUGUUAGAUUAGAAUAACAUCAGGCACAUUAUCUUUUUCUGGAGUGUGACCAGUAAAUGCAACCACUCUCUGGUACUCGAGUACUUCAUCCCUACAUAAUUUCAAUAAGAAAAGAAAUAUUCAAAAUCCAGCCAUCUUGAAAUUCACUUUGCCGUGAUGCUGCUAGCUCUUAUACCAUUAAUUUUAUAAACAAAAAUAUAAAUGAUGCAUAGUCUGUAACAAAAUUUGAACAAUAAAAUAAUUAGAAAAAAAAUUAAGAAAAUAUAUUCAAACCGCUUAUGAUUUACCC